AACGCUAUUCUCCUCAAAGCGGUAGACGGUAAUCCCCCUAUCGAAGCCAUCGAUUCGAAUCAGACCCACGGCGAGGAAAUGGCAGAGCGGCCGCGGUGGCAGGAGAGGCAGCAGCUCGCGCACCUCUGCGACCUCGUCGCCGACUCCCUCCUCCCCCACCUCGAACCCGAACCGCUGGCGACGCGGCGGCCGCAGCUCACGAGAGAGGAAGAGCGGCGCAUACUCGUCGCGCUCUCCCGGGUAAACAAGACAAUUCGAGGUUGGGACGACGACGAGGUGGAUGAUGGGGAGCAAGGGUGCGCAUCGGAUCAGAUUGUUUCGUGCUCGGAAGAAGCUCACAGUUGCUGUUUGCCACCUGACCACCAUUUUGAUGAUGGGUUUAGCUGCCUGGCCAAUAUUAUCUCCAUAGUGGUUGGCUUACUUCAUCUAUGUAGUGAUUAUAUUAAGCACUCAGCUGGGAAUAUCUUGAUGGCCAUCUCUAAUUCCCUAAUGAAGUUUGAAGCCGUUUGGAUUCAGUUUGUUGAGCUGGUCUGGGCAGCUAUACACACGGUAUCAACAUGCGCUCAUAAUCAUUCUACAAUUAAUGCCACCAAAGGUUCUGUUGGUUGUUCCUCUGCUGCGGAAAGCAUAAGUCAAGACACUACGACUGAAAGCACCAGUAUUACAAGCUUUAUAGCAGUACUCAAACUACGAUAUGUCAAUACCAAUAGGCAGAUAAUGACUUGCCUCUUUCGAGUACUACACAUUAUUCUGAAGCUUCUGAAACUCAAUGACUCUGAACUGAAAGAUGACUUCAUUUGCCUGUCCAUUCAUCAUAUUCAGAAGUUACAUUGGGAUCCUGGUUACCGACUCAAUGCCGGGAAAGUUGUAAGCAUUGUCACAGAUGACCGACGUAGUUUGACUAAAGAUUCUGCACAGUUUGGAAUUGUGUCAGGCAGUCUCCUCCAGCUCUUGUGCUCUUUAGUUGAGCAAAGUGACACAGAAGACACAGACCUACGAGAUAUAUUUGUGGAACUUGCAGAUGUCAUUCCUAGAUUAGCAACUUUCUUACAAGAGCAACAGGAUAUCCCAAAAAGUCUCUCUCAGUAUUCAAAGCACAAAAUAUUGAUGUUAAUGAUAAGGCUUAAGCCUCACAUACAGCAGAACUGCUCACAUGUUGUUUGUUUGCUGAAAUUACUUCGACGCCACUUUCAGAGUCCACUCCAUGAACCUAUGUUCCAACAUAGCACUAAACUGGAGAACUGUUUAGAAGGAUCCCCAUUUUUGUUAAGUGGUGUAGGUUUGGGCGAGCUUCAGGAUAAAUCUACUCGGCACUUACAAAGGCAGGCUAUGUAUUUGUUUCUUAGUUGUUCGAUAGUCUUGGCUUGCAGUGGAAAUGAUAGUAGACUGAAAUGUUCAUGUAAGAGAGAUCAAUGUUGUCACAAGGGGGAAGGCUGCACUGAUAAUUGCAACUAUUUUGGCUUAUCAGAAAUCUCAGUUUGGUUUCAGAGAUGUUGCUUAGACAAGAUUUUGGACUCAAAAUCAUCAACAGACAUUGUUUUAUGCUUUCUGCAGUUAUAUAUGGAGGAGGACGAUAUGUUAUUCAUCAUUCUCUUGCAGCUUUUGGAUGCUCCACUUAUUUCGUUGGCAAUAGAUAAGAUGGAAACUAAAUGGACGUCUGAACUUAUUGGUGCCAAACUGUUCUCCGUAGUUUUUGACCCAGUUCAUAUUUUUCAUCAAUGGCUUUCAUUGUUGCACUAUGAUCACUUGGUACUUGUUGAUUAUCUCAUAUCUAAAGAUGUAGGUGUGCAUUGUGCCCAGUAUCUAUUACGGUGCUUACGACUGGUAUCCGGGUGUUGGGAUGCUUUUGUCGAUGAUUCAGUUUACGAGGCACAAAUACAAAAAUUCAACUGUAAAAGGCAAAGAACCUUGAAAAAUAUAAAUAGUUUAACUGGCAGCUCAAUGGAAGGCACUAAGUUGGGUUCCUCUCAUGACAAGGAAAAUAAGAGCAAAGAACAGCUUUUCCUGAGUGCUAAAGUGUGUCUCCUUUCGUUAAAGCGAACUUUGGAGGAUCUUCAUAAGAAAGAUUUAUUCCCUUACAAUCCAAAGCCUCUGCUUAAAAGCUUGUCCAGAUUUGAGGAGCUCUGUGUGCAGUACUGAAACAAUUAAGUUGCACCCGGUGACACGCUACCAUUUCUGUGGUUGAAUAUUUGGUAAUCAGAUACUGUAACUUCCUUUGCUGGUUACAUGUGUAUAUAUUGGCUCGCACAAUUCAUUUGGUAACUACAACUUUUAAUUAGUACUUCAGUUUAUGAUCUGGUUUCUCCGAUUGGUUGUCCACGGUCUUGGACGCUUCUCCAGCCUCUCUGCGGUGCGGCCUGGUCUCCGUUGCCACCCUCAUUGCCUGGUCACUCUGGCAAUACCGCAAUGCUGCAGUCUUCGACAAGAUCAUGCCCUCUACCUCGGACCUUGUUCGCGCGAUCAUGGAGGAAGCUCGCUCCUGGGCAGCUGCCGGAGCCACAGGAGUUAAUGCAUUAAUCCCUGUAACUUGAACUGAUGUUUUUGGGGCUGAGCAUCCCCUCUGUCCUCUGCUCACCUAGCGUCCCGGCCACGCCAGCUUGUGUACGUGGCUAGGUCGCUUCUCUGUACUUUCUCCCCUCUAUCAAUGCAAAGAUACGCUCCAAAGCGUAUUCCUGAAAAAGUUUAUGAUCUGGUGUACCAUCUGAAUUGGCUGAAUCUUACAGAUAAGGAAGUUUGUGGCGUCAGGCUGCACACAAUCAUGACAUUGUAGAUUCUGCGCUGCACCAAAAGUGAAGUGCUGUUGAUAUUUUGUAGGUACCUUCUUCACCUAGCUUAAGUGGUACUGGUUUAGUGGCAAUUGGUUCUUUCGCUUUAUCUUCAUACCUUGCUUUUGCUAUAUAUGAGAAUUAGAAAAUCCGCGAGUUAAAAGCUUCCAUUGGGCAUGGCACGGGCCAUCAGAAUCAGAACAGGAAGAAAGGUAUGGUCCACCCACAACAUAGCACAAAUGAUUCAGUCAGCAACAACACUUGAAUUUGUGCAUACACAACAUACUAUAGGUACUUAAAUGGAAAUUUAGGUUGUCAUACCAAAUGUCAGAUGUUUUAUAGUUUAUAGAUACUCCGAUGAAUGCAUGCAUAUUACAGGCUAUGAUUCAUCUCGCCUGAAACCGCAUUUACACUGCAGGCUGUACCUCCUCAUCUUGAUGCAAUUUUCCGCCAUCCUGGCACUCACAUGCAGCUUUCUGAUUAUUUUGACAUCAAUAUAUUCAGAGAAAACAGUACCUGCCUUUCAACUCAUUGAUCAGCUUCGACCCUUCGAGAGAAAACAGUACCUCUACAACACAGGUACGUACAUGGGUACAAUGAGUUGAAAGGCAGUUCCAAGGGUCGGAAACAGAGGUAGUAGCAAGUCAGUACUACAGGGAAGAGUUGUAUAUGUAACUGCAGUUUGUGGUCUGUAGAUAUAUGUGCAUGACAAUACAUGUACCUUUCGGCCACCCAAGGACAAACCUUAUAAAAGUAAAUCAAAAUGUGGUUAGACUUCAAUGCAAGUACUUCAGUAAGCAACACACUAUUUCCACCAAUCCAGACUCAAAACUAAAACACAGCAAAUUAAUUGGACACACCAGAUUACCAGUCAUCUUGAGUCCCCAACAGGAAGGCCAUGGCCUCUCUAAUCAUGCUUGUGUCAUGGACCAUUUGGAACGAGCGGAAUGCCCGUGUUUUUUGAAACAAGAGCGCCCCACCACCAAUCUUGCUAAACAACAUCAUCUGCGAGGCAAACCUUUGGAUCACCACGGGAGCUAAAAAAUUAGGGAACAUUAUUUUGUGUGAGUAAUCAUCCAUGCCGUGUAAAAGUGUACCCUUGUAACAAACUCUAUUCUUUUUUUAUUUAAUAGAUGAGGCAAAUCUUUUGCCUCCAUUUCAAAAAUAAAAUAAAAUAAGUUGUUAUGACGCAAGAUUCGCGCCGCUAAAGACAUUGUGAAGCAAACUAAAGUGGGUCCAAAACUCUCAACAAUUUUACCAAUCGGACAUACCAGAUUCCCAAUCCAUCAUUAUCUUUUAUUGGUCACCUUGACAGAAUGGUAAAAUAUGUGAAUAUAACAAGUACAGUAUAGUUCUGUAAGCAUCAGCAGAAUAAGAUGGCAACUCAGAACUUCAACAAUGGGUCCACACAGUGAGCACUGCCCACCAUCCUCAAAGUGAUGGCUAGACAGAGAGAGUUAAUCAAUGUCUGGAAAAUUAUUUGAGAAGUAUGGCAUUUAAUGAGCCCAAGAACUGGUGCUCCUGGUUGUUCUUGGCAGAGUGGCGGUUCAAUACCACUUAUCACAUUGCAACAAAAUUUACUCCAUUUCAGUGCAUGUAUGGAUUUCCUCCACCUAUGAUUGGUGAAGUCUCAGUACCCAGACCAAUAGAUGCUGAUGCCCAAACUUUUCUCCAGAAAAAAGAAACUAUGAUGGCUCAACUCAAACACAACCUUCUAGUAGCACAAGAAAGGAUGAAAAAGUAUGCAGAUAGAAACAUAACAUAUAGACAAUACAAUGUGGGAGAUAUUCUUUAUUUAAAGAUGCAGCCUUACAGACUUGCAGCAUUUGGUAUCAAGACAGGCUUGAAACUUACAACAAAGUUCUAUGGCCCUUUUUUUCAAUGCAAGGACUUUAAAAUUAGAUAAUAAUUUUCAAAUUUAAGAGCAUUUUUUCAAUUUGAGAACAAAUUUUGGACUCACGAACAGUUUUCGAAUUUUGGAACUUUUUUUAAAACUUAAUUGAUAUUUUUUAAACAAAGGAAUUUUUUAAAAUCUCGAAGAAUUUUAAAGAAGCUAAAAAAGAAAAAACAGAAAAUAAAAAUAACAAACAAAAAUAAACGAAAAAAUUUAGGGAAGGCCUGCCACGUAGCUGGGCCGGCCCAAGUUCGAGCGACGGGGCGCGGCCUCGCUUUCCACCGCACGGGUUGGGAAAUAGGAGUCCCGGUCCGAGCCGGCUACCUAUCAUCGUAGGAGAUUCUCAAAAAAAAAAGACCUAGGAUAUGUACGCAGGUCAGAUCUAGAAAUACGACGUACAGAUACGACCGACCUAGACAAUUACAAAUACCUAGGUCCGGAUCUAGAAAUACGUAGAUACUGGAACCACAUACGUACCCCGGCUUUCGCUUUCGUUUCGAAGCUCUCGCGUUGGGCGGCAAGGUGAUCGGCGGAACACGAAGAUCAAAUCGAGUAAGUCGCCUUCUUCUUCCUCCGUCGAUCCGAUCGAAUUAGGGUUCGUGCUUUUCGUCCCCUUUUCUGCUUCCUUGGUCUUUUGUCUCUGUUCUUGACAGGGCAAGAUCAAGAUGGCCGCGGUUCUUCCUGCGCUGCUGCCAACCCCACCGUCGGCCCCAAUCGCUACGUUGCUCAAGACAUCGCGGACGGACGGGAAGCCUGGCCGUGCGUCGGCGAGCCGGAGAUGGAUAGAUAACAAAUUUAUGAUUCUGGCCGCCGCGUCGGACUUGACCGGCGGUGAGCGCGUCGGACGCGUGCUGUCGGAGAUGAGCGGAGGCGAGCGAGUCAGACGCGUGGCAUCGGACAUGGGCGGCGGCGACCGUGCCGGACGCGUGGCAUCGGACACGGACGGCGGUGAUCGUGCCGGACGCGUGGCAUUGGGCAUGGGCGGCGGUGACCGCGCCGGUCGCGAGGAGUCCCGAACAAGCUGGAGCGCUGUCAAGAGGCUUGCCAGCCGCGCUCCUUCCACCGAUCGGUGUGACAAGAAGCCCAAGGCUCCGGUCGACAAGGAAGCUGCUCCGGAGACAGAGCAACUGUUCGCUGGCCCGACGUUCAUGAGCGUCGUGCCCCCGGAUCCGAGCGAGCUCCCGAUCCCUUGCUACUUCAUGAAGAAGGCCCGCUAGUGGACUAGCAAGUAGCAACAACACAUGGGAUUGGUCCCUUACUACAGUCGUCGUCGUCGUCGUGUAAUCUUGCUUUGUAGCCCAAUUUCAGCGCUUGUUAGAUGCGCUUCUAGUAGUGUAGUAAUUUGUCAUGGCUCUGGGUUGUGUUCAUGUUAGUAAAACCCAACCCAGAGAGGGGCGGAUGGGUGGCAUGGCAAUCAUAAACUAUCUUC